UGAACAGCUCCCUCAUUUUUCCUCAGAGACAUGACUUCCAACAAGACUUCCGGUCCAGUAGUUGUAUCAGCCAAAUCUGAACAUAGAAACCUUUAUUUUUUUUACCAUUGAUGUAAAUCCAAAAGCGGAAUUUUUCCCACAAUUGAUCUCAUAUGUAGCAUCUGAAAAAGGACAAGGAGAACAUUAGUACGGUUGACGAUAGCUUAAAAUAAGCUGCUUCUAUUACUAUAUGGAAUUUCCAUAACUGAAGCAGUUACAAGUUACAUGAACAAAUGAACAAGAAAUAAUAGAAAACCAAUCACAGGAGAUACCAUCAUCAAAUAAAUACUCAACCCAAUGUUAACUGGGAAAGAUAUGACCAGUAGGCAUACUGUCCCUGCCUUCAAUUGCUUUCUAGGAGUAAUUGCUGUGUCAUUUUUUCCACAGGCAUGAUAGGAAAGAAAUAAAGAGAUGGCUACACCGAAGAAUAGUCAUCCUUCUUUAUGUGGGGGAGAAGAAUAGUCAUCCAGCACAAGCUUCCACUCAACUGUUGAGUGUUGGCUGAAUGAGAACCUCAUAACAAUUGGCAACGCGCUAGUUAAAUACCGAUAGUUGCAGUGUGCACAGAAUCACAUCCCCCAAUCAAUACACAACAUGGAAACACUAGGCAGCAAAAUGUCAUCUUUCCCCACACCAUUGUUGUACCUCUACCUACUGCUGGUGGCAUGCCUUCUUCUCUUCCAAGAAGCACAAGCGGUGCCCCAUGGAGGGAUCUCACUCAGGUCUCAACACAUGACCCUCCUCCACUGGAAAGAUACACUUGCAAGACCACCACUGCAGAUGAGCUCGUGGCAGCAAAACACCAGCCCCUGCAAUUGGACGGGCAUCAUGUGCACGGCUGUUCGCCAUGGCCGCCGCAUGCCUUUGGUGGUGGCCAACAUCUCCCUGCCGGAUGCUGGCAUCCGUGGACAGCUUGGUGAGCUCAACUUCUCGGCUCUUCCAUUCCUCACACAUAUUGACCUCAGCAACAACAGUCUCCAUGGGGCACUACCCGGCAGUAUUAUCUCCCUUUCAGCGCUUUUGAUACUUAACCUUCCCUACAACCAGCUCACAGGGGAAAUUCCUUAUGAGAUUGGUGGCCUGCGAAGUCUCAUGCAGAUUGAUCUCUCAUUUAAUAGACUCACAGGACUUAUCCCUGCGUGUCUGAGUAACCUAACAAUGUUAACUGGUCUUGCCAUUCACCAAAACAUGGUAUCAGGGCCCAUUCCUGAGGAGAUUGGAAGGCUUGUCAACCUCCAAGGUCUACAGCUAAGCAACAGUGCCUUAAGCGGCAUGAUACCAAAAACACUUGGAAAUCUGACCCAACUAAAUAUUUUGUACCUGUUUGGCAAUCAGCUUUCAGGGCCUAUACCCCAUGAACUAAGCAGGCUAGUCCAUUUGCAGCGUCUUCAGCUUCAGUCAAAUGAUUUUUCAGGUCCAAUCCCAAUCUCCAUAACCAAUCUCACUAAGAUGAACCAACUUUUUCUCUUCGAAAAUAAAAUCACAGGUUCCAUCCCACAGGCAAUAGGCAGUCUCAAUAUGUUAAACCAACUUGGUCUCCAUAAAAAUCAAAUAACAGGUUCAAUACCCGUAGAACUAGGGAACCUCACUGUGCUCAAUGAACUUUUUCUCUAUACAAAUCAAAUCACAGGUUCAAUACCUUCAGAAUUGGGCAUCUUGCUGAACCUCCAGGAAUUAGACUUGUCAGAGAACCAAAUAACCGGUUCCAUUCCCCAAGAGAUUGGCAAUCUGAUGAACCUCGAAUAUUUAGGCUUGUCUAUGAACCAAAUUUUGGGAUCAAUACCAAAAACUUUUGGGAAGUUGCAAAGCAUCCAAACAGUGGAAAUAUUUAGUAACAAAUUAUCGGGUUCUCUUCCUCAAGAAUUUGGAGGUCUCAUAAGCCUUGUUGACCUUGAGGUGUCACACAACUCACUUUCAGGACAUUUACCCACAAAUAUAUGUUCAAGUGGUAGACUCCAACAUCUCAUUGUCUCAUCUAAUAUGUUCAAUGGCCCCAUUCCAAGCAGUUUAAGGACAUGUACGAGUUUGGUUCGAAUUGACCUUCAGAGAAACCAAAUAACAGGUGAUAUAUCUCAGCAUUUUGGUGUGUAUCCACAACUCAUAAAAAUGAUCUUGGCAUCGAAUAGACUCUUUGGGCACAUCUCACCAAAUCUAGCUGCAAGUACCCAGCUAACGGUACUACAUCUAGCACAAAAUAAUAUCACGGGUUCCAUACCUCCAAUACUAUCUAAAUUGUCCAACCUAGUAGAACUAACACUCGGUUCUAAUAAUCUCAGCGGUGAGAUUCCACCAGAAAUCUGCACUUUAACUAAUCUAUAUAAACUGAACUUAUCAUCGAACCAAUUAUCUGGAUCCAUACCUACACAAAUAAAAAAGCUGAGCAAUCUAGGAUACCUUGACAUAUCUGGGAACAGACUGAGUGGAUCAAUACCUGAGGCAUUAGGGGCCUGCAUGAAACUACAGUCUUUGAAGAUCUGCAACAACAACUUCAGUGGGAGUUUGCCUGGUGCAAUUGGAAAUUUAGCAGCUCUGCAGAUCAUGUUAGAUGUGAGCAACAAUAACCUCAGCGGUGUGUUGCCACAGCAACUUGGGAAGUUGGAGAUGCUAGAAUUUCUGAAUUUAUCAAAUAAUCAGUUCAGUGGCAGCAUUCCAUCCGCCUUUGCAAGCAUGGUUAGCCUUUCAACACUUGAUGUGUCCUACAACAACUUGGAAGGACCAGUCCCAACAGCCCCGCUACUCCAAAAUGCUUCAGCAAGUUGGUUUCUUCCCAAUAAAGGUCUGUGUGGUAACCUCUCUGGCCUGCCACCAUGUUAUUCAACCCCAGCAACUGCUCAUAAAAGGGGAAAGAUACUUGGUUUGCUUUUGCCAAUUGUUCUUGUGAUGGGUUUCGGCAUUGUUGCUGCAAUUGUUGUCAUAAUAAUACUUACUCGUAAGAAGAGAAAUCCACAAGAAGGUGUUACCGCUGAAGCAAGGGACUUAUUCUCUGUUUGGAAUUUCGAUGGAAGAUUAGCAUUUGAUGAUAUUGUAAGGGCAACAGAAGACUUUGAUGAUAAGUACAUCAUUGGAACAGGGGGGUACGGCAAAGUCUACAAGACACAACUCCAAGACGGGCAGGUGGUUGCUGUGAAGAAGCUUCAUCGGACCGAAGAAGAGUUGGAUGAUGAAAGAAGAUUUCGUAGUGAAAUGGAAAUCUUAACACAGAUCCGACAACGAAGCAUCGUCAAAAUGUAUGGAUUUUGCUCCCAUCCAACAUAUAAAUUUCUCGUCUACGACUACAUUCAGCAGGGAAGCCUCCACGGAAUAUUGGAAAAUCAGGGGCUAGCAAAGGAAUUAGAUUGGAAGAAGAGAAUUGCUCUUGCAACUGAUGUGGCUCAAGCAAUAUCUUAUUUGCACCACGAAUGCAGUCCACCUAUAAUCCAUCGAGAUAUCACAAGCAACAACAUCUUACUUGAUACAUCCUUCAAGACUUUUGUCUCGGAUUUCGGCACGGCAAGGAUUCUUAAGCCCGAUUCAUCAAACUGGAGUGCACUAGCAGGAACGUACGGCUAUAUAGCUCCUGAACUGUCGUACACAUCUGUUGCGACAGAGAAAUGUGAUGUCUAUAGCUUUGGGGUGGUUGUGUUAGAGCUACUGAUGGGCAAGCACCCAAGGGAUCUAUUAGAUGGUAAUCUUUCUAACAGCGAACACUCAAUAAUGGUGAAAGAUAUUCUGGACCAACGGCCAACAACACCAACAUCAACUGAAGAGAUUAGCUUAGCUGUGCACAUCAAGCUGGCCUUAUCUUGUUUGGAAUCUUCACCCUAAGCAAGGCCAACCAUGCGGGAGGCAUACCAAACACUCAUCCAGCAACCAUCUUCUAGUUCUUGUUCCGUGCCUUUCAGCGCACUUAUAUUACAGCAAGGGAUGCAUGUUGACAUAAGGUCUGAAUCCUAGUUAGAGACCAGGGUCUGCCAAAGCAGAGGCUGGUUCAGAUUUCCGAUUUUUUUACUCAAGUCACUUAUACACCACAUGCCACACAGGAUGAGUUGACUACUCAUUGUAAGUCUAUGCAUUUGUAGACUCUUCUGAUGCAGCAAAAGAUCACCGUUGUGUGCUCGUGGUUUUUCCCACAACGGUUUUCCACGUAAAAAUGUGUGUCCAUCCCGUGUUCUUGAUAUUUCUCUGUUUGUUUGCUUGCUGAUUUCUAACAAUGCAUAAAUAUAAUUUGGUUUGUGUGUUGCUUAUAUUUGUCAAAGACUGUACUGUAGACAUAGUAUCCACAUGAACCUAAAGAUUGACAAAAAAUGUGUCCUAAUAUUUGUCUCUUUCUAUCUACUGUUGCUCCCAUGAACCUAAAGAUUGAAAAAAAAUGGAAUCCAAAACUAGUGCAGUACCAUGUAGCCUUGCUUUAUUUGUUCCAUAUGGGAACCGAGAUGCAUAAACGGGAAGAAAUGAAUGUAAACAUGUUGGAGAUAGGUGCAUAAAAAAUGAGAAUUCUUAUUAUUGCUCCCACUUUGAAGUGCCACAAUAUACCAAGUAAAAGGACUUACAGAGGGUUG